AUGGGAAACGCCUGCUGCAGCGGCACCUCAGACCAGACAGACGAAGCGGGCCAUCCCAUCCCCAAUGACGACUCCGUGGACGGCGGUCAUCCAGGGUCAUCAGACGAAGCGGAUGAAGCGAAGGAGCUCAGCUUCCAAGCCCUCCAAUACGAUCUCCUUCACAGGCAGCACAUGUUCAUACUCAACAAUGUCUUUCUGGCGGUUCAGUUCUUCGGAAACUACGAAAAGGAAAAGGAAGAGAUAGACGCGAUGAAGAACGAAAGAGAUCGAGAGAUGACACGAAAGCUCCUCCCCCGCCAGAAGACCUGCUUCUUCACGGGUUGCCUCUACGAAAAACUCGGGGACAACGUAAUGCUGCGCAGACGGAAGGAACCCCAUGCCAAGUCCAUCGCCCCCGCCAUGGAGUACUACAUCAACUACGAAAACGCCGAAAUCCUAAGCGACGAAUCCCGCGCCGACCGCGAUCGAGCCGGAUUGCAAUUCAAAAUGGACACCGACACCAAAGCAUUCCAACGGGGCGAGGUCUACCUGUGCCUCGAUCGCGGGGCCGACGAGGGACCGGGCCUCGACGGAUGGGGCGCCAGCAGCAUCGGAUACGAAAGCUCCGACUACGCCAGCAGCACCGACGCGAGCUGCUGCGAUUCGGGAAACAGAAUUCAUGGAAGUUCAGAUCGGCAGGAAUAUAAGGAAGCGAACGCGUUGUUCCCGGCGUCGGCGAAAGCGGCUUGGACCAGCAAAAUGCAAAAUGAGAAAAUCGGAAGCCAUCUGACGGCGGACCGUCGACCCGACGUCUCGGACCCUGGCAUCAGAAAUCCCAGAGUCUCUGAUUUUAGCAACGGCCGGAUGAUCCGGUCGGAGCUUCACGACUGCAUCCGGCACUUGAGGAGACACCUUCGAGACGAUUCGCGCACCAGUAGCACCCUCAACGUGGAUGUGCUUUCGUCGUCGGCGCUGGCCCGCAGGUUCACCGAAAACUUCGAAGACGUCGCGCUGCUGCUUGGGGAUGAGGAGCUGGCUUACGACUACGCGUCGCGGUAUCACACGGUGAGUUACGAGACGCGCAGCCACGGAAACUCCUCGCAUUACGCGUUCGUCCCGACGAUCGCGGUCCCGUUCUGGCCCGACGAAUGGCGCGAGUGGAUCGCGAAGAAGCGAGCGCCCGCAAGAGACCCGCGAAUCGAUCUCGUCCACUCGUGGCCGACGAAGGAGAUCGUGGAGAAGGCCCUGCGUCUCGGCUGCAACCUGAUCCCGCGGCUCCCCGAUCGCCCCUCCCGCCCCUCCGCCACUCAUUCCUGGACGGCCGACUUCGGCAAGAUCGAGACCUUCCUCUUGGCGACCCUCCGCCACUCGCAGAUCCGCUGCUACCUCUUCUGCAUCCUCCUCUACAAGACGUUCCUCGAAGACGCCAGGGGCCCCCUCGUCAACGCCCUCCACAUCCGCCACAUCCUACUGAAAGCCUGCGAGGACGACCCCCUGCGAUGGCCAGCGGAGCGAUCGGCCGAGAAGGUCUUCCACGUCUUCAGGUCCCUGCUCCAAGCCCUCCAGAAGCAACGCCUCCAGAAUUACUUCGUCCGGAAGACGAACAUCCUCGAGAACGUCCCGAUGAACCAGAUCCUUCGGAUCUCGAAGCGCCUCUCGGAGAUUCUCGAGAGCUGGCCGGUCGGCAUCUUCCACGUCCUCGAGGCUCUCGGCUCCCUCGAGUUCGCGCCGGGAUUCUACCCGCGCUUUCCGUUCGAGAAGCUCAAUUAUUACCUCACGGUGGAUAAGGAGACGCUCAUAGCCCAGCUUCCGAUUACGGAGAAUCCCGAACAUCCCGAGACGAUCAAUUCCGCGGGGGAAGAAAGCGAAGAGAACGCCCGCAUCAGGCGAGAACGCGCACGCCAUUACAUGAGAAAUCAGCGAAUUUUUCACGGAAGAGGAAUCGACUUCAACGCGAAGAUUUGGCACUUGGAGAAAAUCCGUCUGAACAGCAUCCUCCCCCUCUUCAUCGAGCACUUCAUCGCCAUGGGUCGAAAGUCCGACGAGUUCCGCGACCGAAGCCAGGCUCUCCUAUACCUGAACCAGGCCGAGAACCUCACGCGCCUCGUGCGGGAUCAGUGCCACGACGGCGAGAAGUCCAACAGAUACUUCGAGGACAUCAAACGAGUUCGAAGCACCUUAAGGGUCGGGGUGGGAGACAGGAGGAAGGAGACUCCCUGGACUUCGUCAUCCUCGAAGUCAAAGUCAGACAAAGUCCUCCUCAGAUCCCGGCAGUUCCAAAAAAGCAGCCCGAAGCCGACGACCCCGUCACGCCCUGCGAAUCCCCAGCCCGCAGACCAAGCCGAGGAAAACCUCGUCGAAGUGCAAGCAGGCAUCCACGCACAGAACGCAUCGACGCCGCACGCACCACGACCUCCCGCCCCGCCCGACUCCCUCUACACUUCCGCCCCCUCGAUGGGAAUCAUCCGAGAAGACGAAUCGGAGAAUUCCCAAGACGAGACCGGAAAUCCCCCCGGGCAACACGAUGCUGCACUCGGUCGAAAUCGCGAACUCCGGAGAGAAAACUCGUUCGAAGAGUGCGUCACAAAACUCUGA